AUGACUUCACCAGAGCAGACAGCAGCAUUUAUUGGAUGCGGUAACAUGGGAGGCGCCAUUCUCCAUGGAGUUCUCAAUGCCGCAUUCUCUCAAUCCAACUCGAGCACCGAGUCAUCUAAUGAUCGCCCCAUAUCUCGCUUCAUCGCCUGCACAAAGACGACUUCGUCCGCGGAGCGCUUGAAGGCAUCUUUGCCAGCAGAGCAACAGCCCCACGUUGAAGUCACAUCGUCUCAAGCAGUGCCGAUAGAGAUCAUGAAACGAGCAGAUGUAAUUGUCCUAGGUUUCAAGCCCUUCAUGGCCGAAGACGUUCUCGGCUCGAAGGGUGUCCGUGAAGCGCUGGCCGGGAAAUUGGUGAUCAGCCUGUUGGCGGGGCAAACACCUCAGGACCUGACCCGAAUGGUUCGCGAAGGCACAUCCGGAUCCUUCACGGAUCCAGUCGUCGUCAAGGUUAUCCCUAAUAUGGGUGCACAAUUCGGCGAGUCUAUGACUAUUAUCGAGACUCCCGAGGAGCCUAUUCCCGCACAGAUGACCGAGAUCGUGGAUUGGAUGUUCACCAAGGUCGGUGCGAUCAAGUAUUUGCCUCCGAGUCAAAUGGAUCUCGGAUCUGUUUUGGUCGGGGCGGCUUUGGCGACUCUGACUAUUCCCAUUGAGGGAAUUCUGGAUGGAUGCGUUGCGGAGGGACUUAAGCGGCCGGAUGCUAUGGAGCUUGUAUUGAAGGGAAUCAGAGGUCUCUCGGCGGCGCUUGAGUCUGGAAUCCACCCUGCUGCUCUGAGGGAAAGUAUCUCAUCUCCUCGAGGAUGCACUAUUCGGGCACUUUUGGCUCUUGAAAGAGCAGGAAGUCGGGCGGACUACGCCGAUGCUAUUAUCCAGGGCACCGAGCACUUGAAGACGAUGAAUAAAUAG